AUGGGUAAGGUUCACGGAUCCCUCGCUCGUGCCGGAAAGGUCAAGUCUCAGACUCGUAAGCCUACACACCUCCUAACACGCUCAACGACCGCGGUUGAGCCCCAGGAGAAGAAGAAGACCCCCAAGGGUCGCGCCAAGAAGAGGCUCACUUACACCCGCCGUUUCGUCAACGUCACCAUGACCGGCGGCAAGAGGAAGAUGAACCCUAACCCCACCUCGUAA